UGACCCAGGCGGCCCGCGGGUCCCGGCAGACCUGGGCCGCGGCUUCAGCACCGACAUGGCCUCCCCGCGCCUCGGGACCUUCUGCUGCCCCACGCGGGACGCCGCCACGCAGCUCGUGCUGGGCUUCCAGCCGCGGGCCUUCAACGCGCUGUGCCUGGGCAGCGGCGCGCUCCGCCUGGCGCUCGGCCUCCUGCAGCUGCUGCCCGGCCGCCGGCCCGCGGCCCCCGCGGGGUCCCUCACCUCCCCGCGGGCUCCGGCUCGCGCCCCCGCGUCCACCCGAAUCCUGCGCGCCGCUGUCGCCUGCGACGUGCUCGGCUGCCUGGGUGUCAUGGUCCGGGCGGCGGUGUGGCUAGGAUUCCCUGAUUUUGUUCAGACCAUGAAUGUGGGGAACGGGACGGACAUCUGGCCUGCUGCCUUCUGCGUGGGGAGUGCGGUGUGGAUCCAGCUGCUCUACAGCACCUGCUUCUGGUGGCUGUUCUGCUACGCGGUGGACGCCUACCUGGUGAUCCGGAGGUCGUCGGGACUGAGCAUCAUCCUGCUCUACCACCUCAUGGCCUGGGGCCUGGCCGUGCUGCUCAGCGCCGAGGGGGUGCUCAUGCUCUACCACCCGUCCCUGUCCAGGUGCGAGCGGGGCUUGGAGCACGCCAUCCCGCACUACAUCAGCGCCUACCUGCCGCUGCUGCUCGUCCUGCUGGCCAACCCCAUCCUGUUCGGCAAGACGGUGACGGCAGUGGCCUCGUUACUAAAAGGGAGACAAGGUGUCUACACGGAGAAGGAGAGGCGGAUGGGAGCCAUGAUCAAGACCCGAUUCUUCAAGAUCAUGCUGGUUGUCGUUGUCUGUUGGUUGUCGAACAUCAUCAAUGAAAGCCUUCUCUUCUAUCUGGAGAUGCAACCGGACAUCAACGGAGGCGCUUUGAAAUAUGUCAGAAAUGCGGCCAAGACCACGUGGUUUAUUAUGGGUCUGAUGCCAGCACAAUCGAAAUCCAUAUUGCAAGCGGGUCCCGCCAGGCGAAUGAGGUUGAAGGUGUUCCCAAAAUCCAGGGAGACCUGUGAGAGAGAAGGGGCCCAGCCCCCAUCCUCCGCUCUACAGCCCUUGUUCCUCAGAAGUGUUCUCACCUUCCCAGCGCCUCUGUCAAGGUGUCCCUCCCCCCAGGCUCACUCUCAUCACCAUGUCAGAGCAUCUUCCCGAGGGUCCUCUUUGUGAAGAGAAGCGACGUGCGUGCCCUUGGGAAUGGAAGAGUGCCUUGUAGGCCAGUGAUUUCUGACCUCUGCGCCACAGGAAUAUGUACAACACGCAGUACCUGACUGUUUAGUCAGGGGCGCCACCCCUUUCCCUUAGUUUGUCAAAUUAAAGAAAUGACAACAGCGAACACAAUAGCCGUCGGGUGUCAUUGAAUCAAAAGUAUGGCUAUUUUCUUUGUCAGAUGGGCAAAAUAUAUAUUUUGGGGGGUUGCCACCGAAUUUUAUGUGCCACAAGAUGAAAAGGUUAAAUAUCACUGUUCCAGACCAAAUGCUCAGCAGCAUCUGUACACACUGUAAUGUAAUGCCACGUCCAAGUCCCUGGGAAAGUUAAUAAAGUCAUUGAA